UCAAGUAAAAUUAAUGCCUAUGUUUCUGUUUGGCAAUAAUUUUGCAGAAAACUUGUUCCAAGUUUUAUUGCAGAAUCUCCUCUAGAGAAUUGUUGACUUUAGAAUCUAAUCAACAAAGUUUGAUCUAUAGUCUACCUGGUGACUAUAAAUAAAAGUCUGAAGGAAGGAUGCUAGCUAUUCGAUCGGUCGUCGCUCAACCUUCUCUCCGUGGACUUUUUCUUCAUCGGUUCAUUCAGACAAGCAGUAGCUUAAAUAUGCCAGUCAAGGCUGGAGACAAACUGCCCAGUGUAGACCUCUACGAGGGAGCUCCUGACAAAAAAGUCAACACUUCAAGUUUCAAUCAAGGCAAAGUUGUCAUUUUUGGUGUGCCAGGGGCAUUCACUCCUACUUGCACCAAGGACCAUGCGCCUGGUUUCGUGUCUGCUGUGGAUUCCUUGAAAGCCAAAGGGGUGAAAGAGGUUGUGUGUGUGUCAGUGAAUGAUCCCUUUGUCAUGGCUGCAUGGGGUCGAUCACUGGAUCCUAACGGCAAGAUUCGCUUUUUGGCCGACACAUGUGCUGAGUUUGCAAAGGCUUUAGAUGUGACUUUGGACUUAACUGCAGUACUUGGCAAUGUUCGCAACAAGAGAUACGCCCUUUUAGUUGAUCAAGGUGUUGUCAAGAAAGUCAACCUGGAACCAGAUGGCACUGGUCUGACAUGCAGCCAAGCCAGUGACAUCCUGAACUCACUGUGAGACAGACAUCGAGGAUCUUCUGUCUUUAUGUUUUAUUAGCUCAAUGUAUAAUUACUAACUGUUACAGGCGUCCACACAGUUUUGUUUCAACUUCUCUAUCAAGCACAUAGCACUGCCGACAUCCUGUUUUAUUUUUUUUACAUGUGUCCUCUGUUGCUAGUUUAAAGUGCAUCUAGACCAGAAUCAGGCUUUUAUUUUGUGCAGGCCCUAACAAAUUAGAAUACUCCAUCAGAGUAUCAUUAUUUCAGUGAAAUAUUAAUGUAUUAUUUAUGAAGUGUAUCAUGCAAAGUGGGAUAUGAGUGCUAUAAAAGUGUGAUAACCGUCUAUGUAUGAAGGGGAAGACCACCUGAAUGCGUUUAACAUCUUUAAAAAAAGCGACAUAUUACUUUUGACAUUUUUUUUUUUAAAGAAUCUUUAAUGAAACAGCUGGAACAAAAGAUACUUGAUAUUACUUAUUAAUGAUUACUUUUUGUUUUUACAAUGAACAUUUUUUUUGUAAAAGUAGGCACAGUUCUGCUCUAUUUAUAAGAUUAGUAAAAAUUUAGAAGCUUAAGAAAGUUAGUUACGGUCUCUCAUUGUAUAGGAUUCUACAAAGUCAUUAUCUUUUCAAGCUUCCUUCAUUCUAAACUAUUUGGCUUCUCCAACUUGUUAGUGUUAUGUCCUUGUUAUGUUCUUUAGGUAACUUGUCUGUUGUAGAGUUAGUGUCUCAAGGUCUAGAACUUCAAGACCCAGAGUGUUGCAUGAGAGACAUGUCUGUGACUAUCACCAACUCUUUCAUUUCUACAGCGUAGUUUAGUUGCACAGAUCUCUACACAACUUCAAUAUUGUUAAGAAUUUGAAGCUUUGGCUUGCAGAGAUCUGAAAGUCACUAACAACACUUUUGCUUCUGACCAUCUCUCCCUGUGUCUUUGUGCCAAGAGUUGAGUCUCUUUCAAUGACAGGCCCAUCCAUUAUUUGAUGUUGUCUUCCCAUCACUUUCUCUGGCUGCUGCUGCUGCUUUUCUCUGGUUCUGUUCCUUGCAGGAAGGUCUUAGUGAGCUCUGAGAAUCUCAUGAAAUGGCCAAAUAUUCUUGCUAAAUUUGACAUUUUUCAGAAGCUGUCAUGGGGACCUUUGUGAUCCUGAUAUUAAGACAUAAUUGUUAAUAUCUAAUUACUAGAUUAUGUUUUGAUGUUCCCCUGUAACUAAAAAUAAAAUAUUUAAAGUCAUCUAAAAGCUCAUUUUAAGCAUGUCAAAAUCCUUUUAUUGUAGUGUCCUGAUCUAUAUCCAAUUAAAUUAUCCUGUUAAAGUCGUUGAGCUAUUUGUAGUGCAACUGAUUAUUUAUUGUGUUAUCCAAGAGAAAGUUUUGAUCUGACUGACCUGAGCUUCAAGUUACAUUCUUAAAAAGUUGAACAAAUGUAUGUUUUGUUGACUACUGUUUUGGUAUUCAGUGCCUUGUUUCUCAGUGUCAGUGGAGUUGCUUGAUAUUACAAGUCCUCCAAGCCAUUAACUGGCUUUAGCUGGACUGGCAUUUUUUGAUAUUGAUAAAUAAAUGUUUUUUUUUCCACUCA